CUCGCCUCUCUCGCCGGCCUCUUCGCCUCUCUCGCCUCUCUUCUCAUUUUUUCUCUACCCUAAGCAUAAGGCUGACCAGGAGAUCCCUCACCUUCUCUCUGCUGAGCUCAAGCUCGCCGGUGCUACCAUGUUGUUUGCGACAUCUCAGGGGCGAUUUCAUUGCCGCAGCUGGUUCCCUCCUCGUUGCCGGAUUUCUCGUUGGUCGCCGGCACUAAUUGACAUGCGUGACAGGUUAGAAUCGGAAGUGGGGAUGAUUAAUCUUCCGGAUGAGAGUGAACUGGAGUUCGGAUUAGGGCAGUGGCGGUGAACGGCUCAGUCUCGGCGGUGGCGCGUGGAGGAGCUUCUCCUCCUCGUUCAAGGUUCGUCUUUUGAUCAAUCUUGCGUUGGAUCACAAGGUUUUUUCAGGGCAAGCUUUACAGGGAUCUCAUCUCUGUGGCCUACAGUCUCGUGCUAUAUCCUAUGGAUCCAAAAAAAGAUGAUGAAGAAGCUGAGCAACUAGCUAAGGAGAUCUCCAAGGACUGGAGUACUGUCUUUGAACGGAGCAUCAACACCCUAUUUCUCACUGAAAUGGUCCGGGGUUUGUCGCUGACCCUCAAGUACUUCUUUGAGUUUGCAAGCGAGACUCAGGAGGAACUUCUGUAUGACAAAGAGAAGCUUCUUGAGAAUGGAGAUCGGUGGGAGACAGAGAUUGCAGAGAGUCUGAGGUCGGAGAGCCUCUACCGCUGAGUAUUUUAUAUCGGGAAGGUCCGUUGCCUAAUAAUUUAUUCAAAUGUUUUCGUUUGAGUAAAGAUGCUUCAGCUUUUACACCAUUACUAUAUUGCUUGUAAGUUCAUAUUGAUGGUAAAACCGGUUUUGGUUUUGUUUCCGGUUUGAGAUGGACCAUACCAAAAAUUUGGAAUCUGAAGUAUGAUUCAAUGAAGUUGUUACUCCUAGUGUACAAACUAAAAAAAAAAUUCCUAAUAUGAAUAAGAGCCGGUCACAAAACGAAAACAGAGAACUACAAAGGGUAAAACUACAAAAAAAAAAA